AUGAAGAAAUAGAAGAGAGAAUUAGAAUAGUUAUAAUGGAUGAUAGACAAAGAGAAGAAAUUGAAAGAUGAGUAAAAUAAACAAUUUGAAGAAUAAUUAAAACAGUUAAAAACCUAAAAACAUCCUGAUUUGGCCCAAGAUAUAAUGAAUGCUAAAAAAAGGGUAUGGAAAAUAAAGAAUCGCCAUGUAAAACAAAAGAAUAAAAAAAAGGGAUAAAUAAAAGUCAACUGA